CAAAUGGCACAUACGUUGUCUCUAAAAUGAGUCAGGCGCGGUAGUUUCUUAUUGCACAAUGCUGUUUAUUUCUUAAUCGCCAGCGUGAAUGAGAAUUAAUUACGAUGAUCUCUUAGGAUUUCACGGGCUGGACAAGCGAUAGUGCUGGGGGCAUGACCUCUUGAGUACUAUUAGAACUGAAUAUUGCGAUACAAUUUUGCCGCUACGUUCACAUUUGUGAAAAUUUCAAUCCACAUAAAAGACUUGACAUCUUACUCGUAUCUCAGGCUGUAAUCUCUCCCGUAUCUGACCCCUCAAAAUAUCGGUGAUCGACUGUGGAAAAUGUUCCUCGUCGAGGAGACAAUGAAUCGUUCAAAUCGUUUAAUGAGUGGGAGGCACUCAACUUUGCUCGCCAUUCGAGUUUUAGACUGCCUGCCGUCGAUAGAGCUUUAAAUGCUGCGAAAAGCUGUAAAUUCGUUUUUACCUAACUUCUUCUCGAUCUUUGAUUCUACUUUUGAUCUUGAUACAAGCAAUCAGAAAGUUUUCUUGAAACUCAUUUCCGACGCUUGUCAUUUACAAAAAUUGAUAUAGUUUACUAGAGUUUGAUCCACAUUUCUUCUCAUCAACUUAUUUCUGCCUUCGGCGUUCGAUGACAAGUGUAUUAUUGUGAUUGGGUUUUUUUUCAUUGGUCUUCGGCUCCAAGAUUUUACUGAUGUGAAAGUUUUUUGUUCUUACUUGCUGGGUCGGUUUACACAAAAUUUGAAAAUCGUGGAAAUUCCUUUUUGAUUAUUCCUUGUCUUAGCGUUUAGGAUAAAAAAGUGAAAAAAAUGAAGUUGUGAUGUUGUGGCUACCCUGAGACUAGUUUUACAGCUGAGAAUGUGCGAUAAUUCCUGUAUGAUCCCUUCCACGUCCGGUUUCUCUUCUCUUCCAUGUGUCCUCACGUGGUGUGACUGAUCGGUUUUUUUUCAAUCUACGAUUAAAGAGAAACAAAAAUGGCAAAAAAUGAAGAUGAACCUCCUACUGGAGGCUUCCUACGUCCGUUUCUCAUCAUGACCGCCCUUGCACCGAUUCAGCUCGUAGUGGGUAGUGUGUUGGGCCAGUCAGCUGGUAUGAUACCUCAGUUGAUGCAAGAGGAUAGCGUUAUUAAGAUCGACAUAGAUGUGGCAACGUGGAUAGCAAGUAUGUCAACCGUGGGAACAUUUGUGGCGGCAAGCUCGAGUGGAUUUUUUGCGGACAAAUUCGGCCGCAUUCGGAUGGUCCAAGUAGCAUACUUCUUCCUUGCUAUCGGCUACGGAAUCAUUGGCGCGGCUAACACUUUCUUCUUGCUCAUUUUCGGCCGAUUCCUGAUCGGUUUUGGCGUCGGUUGUAGUUUCCCAGCCUCGGUGUACAUCUCAGAGAUAGCGCCACCAGCGUAUCGAGGCCUCCUCCUUACCACCAACCCCGCUAUCGCCUCCCUCGGCCUUGUUUACAUGUAUGUACUUGGCGGCUACUACCCCUGGAACAUCGCCUCCUUGGCAACUGGUCUCAUGUCCAUCCUAGGGCUCAUCAUCGCCUUCUUCUUCUACGACUCUCCCGUCUGGCUCUUGCGGAAAAACCGCAUUGAAGACGCCCGGAAAAGCCUGAGUCGAAUCGAAGGCCCGACCAACGUAGACGUCAAACUGAAACAGCUCCAAGAAAUCGUCGACAGUCAUCCUGUAAGCAAGUUCAGCCCCCACGUCUUUAUCGAGCCCACAGUUUGGAAGCCCUACGUCAUAACGAUUAUCCUCUCCAUCCUCCAAAACACAGCCGGGUUUUAUAUCGUCGUUUCGUAUACUGUUAACUUCAUGCGCGAGUUCCACUCAACUUACGACCCCCUGCAGAUCAUGGUCGCCAUCGGGUUAGUGCGACUCGUGGCGAUAUGUCUCUCGAGCGCCAUCUUGCGGCACGUCGGGCGGAAAACGAUAGGCGCGUUCUCUGGCUUCGCGGCGGCGGCCUGCUUGUUGCCUAUCUACGGGUGCUUGGUGGCGCCCCACGCGGCGGUGCUGCGAACUUACCCUUGGAUCCCGAUAGCGCUGUUCCUUGGUUAUAUAUUCACCAUGACGCUAGGGAUAUUCGCGCUGCCUUGGACGAUGCCUUACGAGAUGUUCCCGAUCAAGGUGCGGGGUUUUAUGUGUGGGGUGAGUUUCUGCUCAAUGUACGCGUUGAUCUUCGUGGCGGUCAAGCUCUAUAAUUUCCUCCUCGAGAAUCUGCAGCUGCCUGGGAUGAUCCUCAUGUUCGCGGUGGGGUCGCUGUUGUUCGGUGUGUUUUCGGCGACGGUGCUUGUUGAGACCCACAAGAAAACUUUGGACGAGAUCGAGGAGGUGUUUCUGGGUCGACGGUCAAAGAAAAUUCAGAAAACGACAAGCGAUUCUUGAAGAAUUUUAUUACAACUUUUGUAAUUUCUCCGGAGAUUCUCUCUGGUUCCAUCUUAUUGGUGAACAAGCUAGUUUCGUCGAUAGAGUUCCACUUGAACAACACUAUUUUGUAAUGGAGGUGAAAUCGAACCAAGGUGAUGUGAUUGAGAAAAUUUCAAAUAACUAGAGUACCUUUCGGUUUACGCCAUCAUCAUAAUGUUUAUGUUUCAAAUUUUAUCGAACCUCUGAUGAUGAAGUAAGUCGAAAGGUACUUUAGAUAUUGAAACAUGUUUUAACCACAAGACCUUCGCUCGUUAUUUUCAACCUCCAUAACCUAGGUUUGGUCAAAUUUAUGAAAUUUGAUAUAGUCAUUGGUGACGUAAAACUCCAAUGGACCCAUCUCGUGAGCCGACAAAGUUGGCCUAGUUAUCAGCGGAUAUGACUGUGGGUCAAUAUAUUUGCCGGGUCUGAAUUUCGGUGGCUGAGGAAGGAGGAAAGUUUGCACUUCUGAACUAAAAAGACUGUAGAUGGACCCGGAUACUUUCUACCUGUUUCUAAACUGUUCACAAUUCUUCGGGGAAGGGCCCGAGUUGUACAAUGCUGCGGUACGCGGCGGCACGACGUACGUGGUAUUUAAAUUAACUCCGAAAUACUUAUUUUGAGUUCUACGUUUUUAGGUGACUUUCAAAAUUUUUUUGACUAAAAUAUUUUGGAAGCAGAUAAAAUGUCUCUACCGCAGAGUAUUUCUGAAACUAAUUCAAAACCACCAAAAAUCAAUAUACGAUGUUGCGGACUUUCAUCGUCGAUAUGCCUAUUGCCUAUACCUUGAUGUCUAGGGGCAACGAAUAGAAACUGAAGUUGACUGUACACCGAUAAAAAUAAUAUGCUGUUUCAGCACCUAGAAUGUUAAAAAUGUGUCUGGUGAUCUCAAGAUGCUGCCUUAACUGCCUACAGAAUUAAAUUUGCAUUCACAGGAUGUAAAGUUAACUGCGAGGGCAGUAAGGACAACAACUCCGGAUCACCAGACACAAUUUUAACAUCCUAGGUGCUAAAACAGCAUAUUAUUUUUUUCAGUGUAGGUUCCUCAUGAAAAAGCCAUUAAAACCGCAGAAGAAAAUACUUCGUGUUACGGAUUAAAAAUAAUUCAUAAGAAACUUGGAAAGUUGUGAUUUAAAGUUAUCAACGAGGUUUGAAAGUUAUACGAAUUACGCAAAUAAGAGGUUAGGAUGUAAAAGAUAGUCAAAACCUCGAAAUCAAAUUCGCUCUUUUGCAACUCGUAGUAAAGAAGGAAAGACAUCCUAAUAAAAAGGACGUACUCUUGCAGUAUUUUAAGUCUUUUUUACGUUUUUAAUUAUAAAUGUGGUUUUCAGUAUUUGACUCAUAAAUACAAUUUUACGAAGUUCAAUUAAAAGCUUCCACCCAAGGAUUUAACCCUGGUUAUUUUUACUCAUAUCGAGCUAAGAAACUUGGCACAUUAGUCCACAAGCCUUAAAAAUAUGUUUGUAAAUGUGUAUGUAAAUGCGUGUAUAUAUUUUGUUCCUAUGUGUAAAAAAUACAUUUCAAUUCCUUAAAACUA